CUGCCCACCCACUGCCCACAUCCGGAAGGAGCCCGUCUGCUUCCUGCCGCGUGGUGCCUGUGUCCCUGACAGGUUGGCCUUGCCUCGGCAACCAGCUGGACCACACGACCAUCUAGGGCUUAGGUGCUGUUAGUGACAUCCCAACUUGUAGAACUCCUUUCAGCAUUUCUUGUAAGGCAAGUGUGGUGGUGAUGAACUCUCUCAGCUUUUGUUUUUCUGGGAGCAUCUUUAUCUCUCUUCAUUCCUGAAGGAGAAGUCACUGGCCAGUAAGGGCGCUCUUGGUGCUGAGCUGUGCCCCCUUGUGGGAGGGGUGACGCAGUAAGUCAGACAUUUCUUCUUACCCUCUUCGUUGCUUGCAAUCACGGACUUUUUUAUUUCAACGGUUUGCUGAAAUUUCUUUCCUGGACUCCUGGACUUCCACAAAGCCUCUCUUGUCCUCUCCAGGAAGCAGGAUGUCAAUGCCUCUGGGGAAACUUGUCCUUUUUACCAGCGUGAUGGCUGGCGGGAGCUGCACCCUGAUAUAUUACCUUAUACAGAAGGCUUUUUCCAGGGCUUCCUAUUACCAGCUGGCACUGGAGCAGCUGCGUAGCCGCCCCGAGGCCCUGGAAGCUCUGGGCAGCCCCCUCAACGUUCACUAUCUCCACCUCACCGACAAGUACAACUUCGUGGACAUUGCUGAUGCCCAGUUGAAGAUUCCUGUUUCUGGAUCCAAGUCAGAGGGCCAUCUCUAUGUCAGCUCAUCCAGAGAUGCCCCCUUUAAGAGGUGGCACCUUCAGGAGGUCGUCUUAGAGCUCAAGGAUGGUCAGCAGAUUCCUGUGUUCAAGUUCAGUGGGGAGAAUGGUGCUGAAGUCAAAAAGGACUAAAGGUGAUCAGGAAGACCCAGCUGUGUCCAAGCACGGCCUUCCCUCAUCACCGUGUGCCCUCGAUGGCUGUGAGCCAGGUUUCCAGCCACCAGGAGUGGGGUUGUAUGUGCUGGCAUAUGGUAAUUCUGGUAUAAUUCUAAUUUGACCACAACGGACACUAUUGUGGUUUUUUAAUUUAAUCAGAAAGAAACUCACUCUAAGUUUAUAAGAAUUUAUUUGAAAGUUCUCUGUAUAAAAGCAAAGCACAGAAUAAAAGGAAUCAGUAUUUGUAAUAAAAUGUUUGUUGACUUUU